AACCCACAGUGAGGGAGUAUAGUGGAGCACUAACUGAGUGUAACACACACCUAUACCCGGAGUACAGUGGAGUACAGUACAGUAGAGUAUAGUGGAGUAUAGAGUACUGUAGUGUAUUAUAGUGUACCAGUAUGAUUAAAUUAUUCUCCCUGAAGCAGCAGAAGAAAGAUGAAGAAUCAGCGGGGGGAAACAGGACAGGAGCCGGGGGGAAGAAAGCCAGCGCGGCCCAGCUCCGCAUACAGAAAGACAUUAACGAGCUGAAUCUCCCGAAGACGUGUGAGAUCGUCUUUCCCGAUCAGGAUGAUCUACUCAACUUUAAACUCAUCAUCUCUCCAGACGAGGGCUUCUACAAGGGAGGCAAGUUCGUCUUUAGCUUUAAGGUAGGACAGGGCUACCCUCACGACCCUCCCAAAGUGAAGUGUGAGACCAUGGUGUACCACCCCAACAUCGACCUGGAGGGCAACGUCUGUCUGAACAUCCUGAGGGAAGACUGGAAACCAGUGUUGACGAUUAACUCCAUCAUAUAUGGACUACAGUAUCUAUUCUUAGAGCCGAACCCCGAGGACCCCCUGAACAAGGAGGCGGCGGAGGUGCUGCAGUCGAACCGGCGGCUUUUCGAGCAGAACGUCCAGCGCUCGCUGCGCGGCGGCUACGUGGGAGCGACGUACUUCGAGCGGUGUCUCAAAUAAUCACGGCGCUCGCCGGUUUACGUUCGCCGAGACACUGACUGACACGCCGACUGGAGGGGGGGGGGGUGGA